AUGAGUAAACAAGACCCUAAAAUUUAUGUAUCUAGUCCUACCAAUUUGCAUGUAGGAAUUGGUGGCCUGGUUGCCUUGCAAACUGCGCGCGGGGUUUUAAGGGGAGAAAGGGAGGCUAAGGUCAGGGUACUGUUUGACGCGGGAAGUCAUCGCUUCUUUGUGACUUCGAAAGCAGCUAGUCUCGUUGAUCCCAAGGGUUUAAGACGGGAUUUGUUAGGCAUUAAUAUGUUCGGUCAGAAAUGUACCAGGUCCGAACAAAGGGAUGUGGUCGAAUUAAAGCUUAAACCUCUGCAUGGGGAUAAGGUCAUAAGUGUAGAAGCUUAUGUAGUACCAGAAAUUUCCAGUAUACAAAAUGCACACAUAGAAUUAGCACGAAAGGAUUACCAGCACUUGAAGGGCACAUGGUUUUCUGAUGUUUGUAGCCAGGAAGUUUUAGAAAUAGACGUUCUCAUAGGAGCAGAUUAUCUUUGGCAGUUUCAAACAGGUGUUACCAGGCGAGGUAGACCAGAGGAUCCAGUAGCUGUUGAAACAGAGUUAGGUUGGGUUUUGUCAGGUCCUCUUAGAGCAAGGGACAUAGAAAGGGUUGGAGUAGCUCAGGUAAAUUUUGUAGCACAGAUAGGUAAUCAGGAGUGGAACAAUGAUAGUUUAGAGAGUAAUGUGCAAAGGCUUUGGAGUUUGGAAGGGUUAGGCAUAAUUGACAAGGAUGGUGUUCAUGAGGAAUUUUUAGAUGGCGUGACCUUCACAGGCAGUAGAUAUUCCGUGAAACUGCCCUGGAAGGAAGGCCAUGACAAGCUUUCAGACAAUUACGGGAAUAGUCUAGCGAGAAUGAAGAGCCAGUUAAGGCGAUUGAAGAAGGAACCUGAAUU